AUGGCCGACUUUGUCAAGGGUCUCUUUGGAGGCGCAAACCCAUCUCCGGCCAGUGCAGUGCCAUCAGCCGACUCGGACUUUGCCGACUUCGCGGACGCACCUUCUCCUAAGCCAGCUUCUUUGUCGAGCACCAUCACUAGUCGUCCCGCCUACCAGACCUUUGGCGCAAAGAUUGAUAUCUCGGAUCGUCCCUUCACCAAGUGGUACAACGUCCAUGAGCGCGUGACCUGGAGUGACUUCAAGGCCGAAGCCAUCGUCAUCCCCUUCCUCUUGCUCACCAUCUUCGUCCACUUCUGGGGUGUUCGCGCCAACCGCCGUCGCGCAAAUGCUUGGAUUCGCAGCCACGUCAACGUUCUCGAGAACGAGUUCGCCCACGUUGGCUUUGGCAAGAAGCUCGAUCUCACAAGCGUUUCUCCCGACGUCGCCAUGUCUGCUGGUGACAAGAUCAACCCCGAAGUUCUGCGUGAAAAGUCCAAGGAUGUCUUCCUCAGUUACGCUACUGGUCGCCAGAACGUCGCUUGUGUCGACGUGAAGCUUAGCCUGCUCAAGCGCUACAACCCCUUUGCCCUGAUCACCGAGCUCGGUCUUGGUUUCUUCUUCGAGAGCAUGGCUAGCAGCGGCGAGAAGGCCGAGAUCACUGCCUACACUUUUGACGGCAAGGAGGCUCAAUUCAUUCCCCGCGCUCGUGGCGAGGAAGAGAAGCGUUUCAAGGACACUACCUACGACGGUUUCAUUUUUGCCAUUGUCAACAAAGACUCAAUGAGAAAGGUCCGCGAGGAGCGCUACGACGUCUCUCUUACUACAACCAAGGACCACCCCAAGCUUCCUCCUUGGGUCAGUGUCAUGAGCGAGAGCGCCGAGAUCACCGAGUCACUCUUGACACAGGAGCUGGCAGACGUCAUCAAGGAGUGCGGCGACGAUCUUGAAUCUCUGAUCGUCACUGACAUGCCCGUUGACGCCCCAAAGACUCUUGACGAUCUGGUCCCCAAGAAGCGCCUUACACUCACUUUGAAGCUCAACUCUGGCACCAACACGAUCCCACUCUUCUCCUACUUCCUUCGCAUGCCCGAUCAACUCGUCUCCAGCGCUCACUUCCGCCCCGAGGUCAUGCGCCGUAUCCGCCAGACUCGUGAGGAGGAGGCGAAGAAGGUGCGCAAGGUUAUCGAGGCAGAGGGCGCCGAAGACAGAAAGUUGCUCAGCGACAAGGCCAAGAAGGAGCAGCGCGAUCGCAAGCUCAAGGGCCUGAGCGCAGAGGAACAGAAGCGUUUCCUUGAGAGAGAAAGAGAAAAGGAGCAGAGAAAGAGAACUGGUAGGCAAACCAUGCGUGCCUAG